GUCACAACUCACAACUCACAACUCACAAGGUAGGGGUGGGUCGAUUGACGCUUGAGUAAGACUAAACUUGUUCUCUCAAAUUCUAGGGUUUCUAAUUUCUCCAUUCUCUCUCUAUCGCUCUGCAAAUCUCUACUCUCCAUUUCUUCUCCUUUCUCUUUCUGAUACUUCUUACUUCCUACAUCUUCUCGGCGGCACCGCGCCUUGUCCGCGGCGCCCACUACAUUUCUUUCACUCCUUUCGACAUUUGCGCCACUUAUAUUGGUUCAUGGUUUCUACCCUAAAAACUGUUUUUCAAUGUAUUCGCAGGCCCUAAUCUCUAUGUAGAUACAAAGGGUCAAGAGUCUAACUGAUGUGCUGAGAUAUCUGGAGGAUCCAUACAGCUCAUGCAUAUUGGUUCACGUUUCUCGUGUCCUUGACAAAGUUAUGGAGUGCAACAAAGAAGAGGCCUUGAGGGCUAAGGAAAUUGCUCAGAAGAAAAUGGAGGCAAAAGACUUUUCAGGGGCUCGUAAGUUUGCCCUGAAGGCCCAACAGCUUUAUCCUGAUAUGGAGAACAUUUCGCAGAUGAUCUGUGUCUGUGAUGUGCACUGCUCAUCAGAUAGCAAAAUGUUUGGAAAUGAAUUGGACUGGUAUGGAAUUCUGCAAAUUGAACGCACUGCAGAUGAUAUAUUAAUUAAGAAACAGUAUCGCAAGUUUGCGCUGCAGCUGCACCCGGAUAAGAACAAAUUUUCUGGUGCUGAAGCUGCAUUCAAGCUGAUAGGGGAGGCACAGAGAGUGCUUCUGGAUAAGGAGAAAAGGUCAUUCUUUGACAUGAGAUGCAGAACAUCAUGUAAACCAGGGCGACCAAAUCAACCUCCUCAGCAGACAAGUAGGAAUCUUAAUGUUGGAAAGACAUCUAAAGUUCAGAACAAUUAUACAAGCAAUUCUAGUUCACAUGUUAAGGGUUUUGAUGCUUCACAUCAGGAGCCCAAACAGCCAUCUCAAUCAGGAGUUCCAAAUGGCAAUCAAACCUUCUGGACUCAAUGUCCUUACUGUGCAAUUCGUUAUCAGUAUUACAAAGACGUUCUAAAUAGAGCUCUCCGUUGUCAGAGUUGCAAGAAGCCCUUCCUUGCCUAUGAUAUGGUUGCUCAAGGUCCACGACCCGGAUCUGAUGCAACUCAGCCUGUGUUCCCUGCGCAGAAUAUUCCUAAUGUGAGUGCCACUAAGGCAGGAUCAGAGGCUAUGAACGAACAGCAUACUUCCAAUGCUGGGUUUCAGGCUGGGAAAAACGCGGAAGCAAGCCGGUCACAAAAAGGCAGACAGUCGGACAAAGGUCUGAAUAAAGGGGAUAAACAUGGGGAACGGGCAUCUAAACCCUCUAGGAAAGCAAAUUCUAAGAGAGGGAAGAAGCAAGAGGUAGAAUCCAGUGAAAGUUUUGGAUCAGACAGUAGCCUGGAGUCUGAAGAGGUCGAGGUACAAACAGACACAGACACUAUUAGGGCACACCUAUUUGACAGUGAUGGGGAUGGCUGUGCUAGAAGAUCAAGCCGGAAUAAGCGGCACGUGUCAUACAAUGAAGAUGUUAGUGAUGAUGAGGAAAUGAAGAACCCUUCAAAAAAGGCAAAGGAGAGUGGAACUUCUUGUCCCACAACAGAAGAAAAAAUGGAUGAGUCAGAAAAGGUGCAGCAGCUUGACCCUUCAAAGACUUUUGUUUCUGCAUCUGCUGCUUUUGAGAAGGGCAAGAAAGGAGAAUGCAGUAAGUCUGAAAGUGAAACUGUGGUUGAGUCAACCAAGAAGAACUUCGAAGCUGAUAAUGGCUGCACAUUGAGUUCAAGCCCUGAAACUACACCGGAGCCGACAUUUCAUGAAUAUCCGGAUCCAGAAUUUAGCGAUUUUGACAAGGUUAGAGAAGAACAUUGCUUUAAAGCUGGGCAGGUGUGGGCUGCCUAUGAUACUGCUGAUGCGAUGCCUAGAUUCUAUGCCAAGAUCAAGAAAGUUUUUUCUCCAGGAUUUAAGCUGCGGAUAACCUGGCUUGAGGCAAACCCAGAUGAUGCAAUUGGGAGGGAAUGGACCAAUUCUGAGUUGCCAUUUUCGUGUGGUAGAUUUAAACAUGGUGGUUCAGAAACUACUGAAGAUCGUCUUAUGUUUUCCCACGAGGUUUCUUUCGACAAAGGUGGUGGUAAAGAUUCUAUUUUGAUUUACCCUAGAAAGGGAGAGACGUGGGCUAUUUUCAAGAAUUGGGAUGCCAACUGGUAUUUAUCUCCAGAGAAUGGCAGAAAAUUUGAAUAUGAAUUCGUUGAAAUACUGUCUGAAUAUGAUGAAACUGGUGGAAUACGUGUGGCACAGUUGGGGAAGUUGAAGGACUUUGCUACUCUGUUUUGUCGUAAAGGUCAAAGUGAACUGCAAAUACCAAAUGCAGAGAUACUUAAGUUCUCUCACAGGGUACCUUCGUAUAGGAUGACUGGUGAUGAGAGGGAAGAUGUGCCGAAGGAUUCAUUUGAGCUUGACUCAGCUUCUAUAACCAUGAACCUUGAAGAAAUCAGUUAUCCUCAACUGAAUGGAAACACUUGCUCUGCUGACUUGUCUGCCGAAUUUGGAGAAUUGAAUCCUGCUGCUAAGAAAGCUGAAAAACCAUUGCCAAGUUAUUACGAUGAUGGUAAACGCAAUCAGGGGGUGCAUGGAAACAACCUAAAUGGUGAUGUCAAUAAUCAAGACAUCCCAGAACCCGAAUUCUACAAUUUUGAUGACCUGAAGUCUGUUGACAUUUUUCAGCCAAAUCAGCUUUGGGCUCUGUACAGUGACACUGAUGGCUUGCCGAAGUACUAUGGCAUCAUCAAGAAAAUUGAUCGUCAUCCACAAUUCAAGGUGCAGAUAGCAUGGCUGGAAGCCUGUGAUUUUGCAACUGAAAUGAUUUUAUGGAAGGAAAAGGAGAUGCCAAUUUCUUGCGGGCAGUUCAAGAUAAAAAGUGGAAAAGUGCAAAUAUAUACAGGGAAUAGUUCCUUUUCUCAUGAAUUACGUGCAGAUUCAACCGGAAGGAAGAAUGUAUUUGCUAUCUAUCCACGGAGGGGUGAAGUUUGGGCCCUUUACAAGAACUGGAAUACUUCUCUGAAGGUAGCUGACUUGCAGAAUUGCAAAUACGAUAUUGUGGAAGUCCUGGAGCAUAAUACGUCUUGCAUUAAAGUGUUAUAUUUAGAACGUGUCAAUCAAUUUCACUCAGUUUUUAAGCCACAAAAGGAAGGAGAUUCUGCUUACACUAGAUUAAUCCCCCGAAAUGAAUUGCUUAAAUUCUCCCAUCAGAUUCCUUCUUUCAGGUUGACAGAUGAAAAAGGUGGUAGUUUGAGAGGCUUUUGGGAGCUUGAUCCUGCUGCAUUCCCUAAUCAUCUUUUGUACAAAUCUUAGGGCAGUGCUUAUGUUUCGAUGACUUGCCUUUUGCUGUUGUAGCUGCAAUGCAUCUCUACUUGGUGGGAUAUGAAAUGCUGGAAAUUGUAUUUAAACAAUCCUUUUAGAUCUGAUAUAAUUUGCAGCACUUGCUGAGGGAUUCAGCACUUGGCAUGGUUAUAUUCCUUCACCUGGUGAGGGUCUCUACUGUCUUGUGCCACAUUAUUCUAACUCUUGACAUCAUGGCAGGUUUCUGGCCUCUCUGAUUGAAUAGGUUAUCAGGGGAGGCUAAGUAGGUGGAAGUCGAUUGUCUGCUAGUUUUAGUCACAUGUUAAUUGUAAAGUCUCAUUUUGACAGAACAGUAGGUUUCUGUUAUUGUGGUGUAUAAACUAUGGUUUAGAGGUCUGCUGCUCCUCAGUCAAUGGCUUGGCUUACUGUAUACAGAAGUAUAUGUUAUGAUUCUACCUAUAUGAAUUUGAAACGGUGACCUAAUAUGUUGUUAUU